CGGAGAGCGAGCAGGCGGGCAGGGGAUGGCGCUGCGGGAGCGGAGGGGCCCCUCAGCUGCUGCGCCGGCGACAAGAGCAGCGCUGCUUCGCUCCUCCACAGGCUUGGAGUACUAGAAGGCCAGAAGAGGUUUGAGGACUCCCUGUGGGACUGCAGAAAUACACAUUGGUCUAUCUGUAAUCCAGGUUCACACUUCUCACAAAAAUGCCCAUUCUGAAGCAGCUGGUGACAAACUCUGCUAAUCCUAAACGCCGGUCUCGGGCUGAUCUGACAGCUGAGAUGAUCAGCGCUCCUCUUGGCGAUUUCCGCCACACCAUGCAUGUAGGUCGGGCUGGUGAUGCCUUUGGAGAUACCUCCUUCCUCAAUAGCAAGGGUGGAGAGGGAGAACAGGAGGCCACAGAGGAGACUGGGUCCUCGUCUAAACCUGGCCUGCUCUCACGAAAGUUUCGCAGCAGCAAGCGGUCUCAUUCUGUGACACGUGGUGACCGGCGGGACAUGCUGGGCUCUCUCAGGGAUUCCGCUAUUUUUGUGAAGAAUGCGGUGUCCCUACCCCAACUCACUGAGAAGGAAGCAGACAAGAGUAGUGGGAAGCAGCUACCCAAGAGCCUCUCCUCCAGUCCUGUGAAGAAAGCCCCUGAGGAGAAUACCCUUGAAGAGAAACACAUGAAUGGUGCUGCUGCAGUCCUCAACUCCAAGCCCCACAGCCCUGGCUUGGAAGAGCGUGAUUUUGGGGAUAUUACCGAUUUGCCCUUAGUCAUCUCCAAGGGCAGCUAUGGCAUGAAGCAUGCUGAGUCCAUCCUUUCUUUCCAUAUUGAUCUGGGGCCUUCCAUGUUAGGGGAUGUCUUGAGCAUUAUGGAUAAGGACUUGUGGGAACAAGAAGACUCUGGUUAUCAUGGAGCAGAGGACCCCCAAAGGGAAGUUGGCUCCACUGAGACAUCAGGAGCCCAGCGGUUUAGCCAUGAAAGCAAACUUGCCCUGGAUUCUCUGAUUCAAAAUGAUGGCCACAGAGCGGCCACUUAUAGUCCUCUCUCGGCUCGCAGCAUCACCAGUCGUACAACAAUGGACAGCAGUUCAGUCUCCAGCUGCGCCUCUGCGGGGGAGGAACAGCGUAGCUUAGUCUCUAAAGGACAGAGCCACAGUCCUCCUGAUGAUGGGAGGCACAACCCUGUGAAACAGCCAGAGAAGGAGUUCUCCUUUAUGGAUGAGGAAGAUGAUGAGAUAAGAGUAUAAAAAGCUGUAUACUCCCUUUGAUUUGAAGGAGAAAUUGCAACUGAAUCUGGAAUAAACAGCAUGAUAUGAAAAAAGGUGUUACAUGCUUUCACCAGCCUUCUAAGGCUUCAGAUUUCAUCAUGGUUAUUUUCUUAAACAGGCUGCUGGAAAAAAAAAAUCCUGUUCCUCAUUUGGGGGAAUAGUAAGGGUCAAGCUGGAAAUCACACUUAAAUGGUGUUCUCUACAUUUAAAAUAAUUGAUUCCUAUGUUCAUAGGGAUGCCUAAAGUGCAUUGCUUGAAGAUAUUUGGAAAAAUGUUUCCAAGCACAACUCCGGUGUAUUCAAACUUCUUUUUAAAAGGAUAGCUCUUGGUUAACUUAUCUACUUGCCUGUUUAAAGCAAUAUAGAGUUGAAUACUAGGACAAAGCUCAAAAGCACUAGUUCCUUUAUUAAUACGUAUAUAUAUAUAUAUAUUUCCUUUAUCUUUGUACUAGUGCUUGUAAGAUUUUUUUUCUUUUGUAUUGCCCAGGAGAAUUCCACUCUGGACCUGGCAGAAGUAUGAAGGUUGUUGUAUGUUUGCAGAAAGGAAAAAAAAGUAGGAGUUUGAAAUAACAGCUCCUUCAAAUCUACAUAUUUGGAUUAUAAGAGUUUUUUCCUUGUGGGCAGGCAUCUGGAAUGAUUUACCACCUUUGGGAAUCUCAUCUAGAUUUCUUUUAAAAAAUCAAAUGACAACUCUUUGGAAAACAGAUUGAGAAUUACACCUCUCUUGUCUGCCAUCUUACAGCAGGACCUUCCCUUAGUUCUUGGGGGAACCAUAGAUGGAAAGAAUAAAGAUGUUAACAUAGCUUGAAGCAGACUAUUUGUAGCUUCCCCAUUCCUAAAAUUUGUCACCAUUUAGAGUGGUCACAUGGCUCUUUCUAGUAAAGCACUAUUGGAGAUGCAUAAGGCUGCUGAGAGAAGAAUGUCCAACAAGGUUGGUCAGCCUGGCUACCUGUUACUAAAGAGAAAGUUUAAACAAAAAAACUCUUAGCUAAUUCUCUCUCCAGAAUUUUCCUCUGGGUAAGAAGAUGGGAUGUCCUAAGAACUGUUUAUGUCAUUAGAGCAACCUAAGGGGAAUGAGGACAGAGAGAGACUAUUGGGUGAACGCUACUGACUUGCAUGUCUUCUGAUGUAAAAGUAAGUCCCAAAAGUAACCCAAACAGGUAGGGCUUAAUUCUUUCUUGGCUGUUAUUUCUUUAGACUAUAUCAGCAGAGCUGACUGAAGCACAAAGAGCUUGGCUUUCCCCAUUCCAGGAACAGUGGAGAAGGCUUUGCUGAGUUCCUUCCCUUGGAAGCUGUUUUCAGAAACUGCCUCCCCAGCAUCUUUGGGAGGUGCUCCUGACAUUCCUAUCUCAUAGAUGGAUUUUAUUUUGGGGGGCGGAGCUUAGGGUUUGGGUUGUUUUUCUCUUCUGGCCUUCACAUUUUGUUGGGCAUUAAACACUAAAUUGCUUUCUUAUUUUUUUAGAUUUAUCUUUUUCUAUAUAUGUAUUAGAUUGGCCCAAACUAGAGUGGUCUCCCUUGGAUGUGGCUUUGUUGUGUAUGUACAGGUAUUUGUUCCAUGCAUCAGAUGGAGGAUUUUUUAAAAACAGAAGUGUUUGUUUUAAAAUGCAAGGAAAUUAAACUAUAGUGAGAAAAAAAUCAUCUUAAAUGUGGAUUUUUUUGUGUGUGUUUGUGGGUAAAGGAUUAAAACAGUAUCAGAUGAUUCAACAU